AAGAAAGUCAAUAACAAGAUAAACAGAAACCUUUUCUUUCUUUAUAUAGAUUAUAACCAAUCAUUCUUUUCUGAAGACAUUGUGGUCUGUGUCUUUCUCAGUGUGUUGCUUUGUGUUGUGUGUCUUGUUUCUUCUCACAGAUCAGGAAGAAGACAUGGCCAUCACUCUUGAGGAUCUGAGGGGCGACUCUCCUGCCAUAUGCGAGGGCUUCAAUAAAAUCAAAGAGGAGGUGAUCAGAGCUGUGGGUGAGGAUCAAAACAAGGUAGACCGGCUGCUAACCCAGAGGAUCUUGAUGGGCUUGAAUAAAUUCUACAAGAAAAAGAGAAAGCAGCAGUACCUGGAGAAGCUGCCUUUGGAGAAGAAGUCACUGGAGUUUGAUUUGCAUAGUCUCUCACUCAAUUGGAAACUCAAGAGGCAGAGAAACAAGCCUUUGGAGAAGAAGCCAUUGGAGUUGGCAACCAAAAACUCUGGAAACAUCAACAAGAAUCAAGAAAAGCAAGAAGAAGAAGAAGAAGAAGAAGAAGAAGAAGAGAAGUCCAGGAAAUCUAAGAAGCAGAGGAAGAACCCAACAAAGAUCAAGCAAGAGGUUCCAGACCGACCACCUUGCAUGCCAGCCGAGUUCAAGGAAAAAAUCAUGGGACUGCAGGGUUCGGACAUCAAGUUCGUCAUUCAAAAAAAAUUGACCAUCACUGAUAUGAAGGCUUCUCAGAACCGGCUCUCGGUUCCAAGGGACCCAAAGAGGGAUGACUUUCUAAGGAGUGAGGAACAACUCAGUCUACAGGAAAAAGAAGCAGAUGGGAUACAUUUCAAAGGCAAGAAAGUGCAAUUGAUAGAGCCAGGCCUUCAGCUGUCGACCAUCAUCUUGAAGAAGUGGAAAUUGGGUAGCAGAAACUGCUACGUAUUGAGCAACACUUGGAUGGAUGUUGCAAAGAGAAACAGACUCAAGCCAGGCAAUACCAUACAACUUUGGUCCCUCAGAGUCAACCAAGAGCUCCACUUGGCCCUCAUUAAGCUAGAUAAUUAAUUAUGUGCUUUUUUUUUUUUUUUUUUUUUUUCUUUGGGAUUGUUGUAAAAGUAUAAUCAUUGAAACUUAAUUAGGUUUCUGUAUCGUUGAUUGUGUUGUUCUGUUUAAUU